AUGAGAAUGAACAAUAUACUCGUUCUCUACACCGGAACCACUGUUAACGAUGAUGGCAAGGAGAAGAAAGUCACGUUUGAUUUCGAGCCCUUUAGGCCCAUUAACGCUUCCUUGUACCUAUGUGACAACAAGUUCCAUACAGAGGCGUUGAAUGAGCUUCUCGAGAGCGAUGAUAAGUUUGGUUUCAUUGUGAUGGAUGGUAAUGGGACGUUGUUUGGGACUUUGAGUUGGAAUACGAGAGAGGUUCUUCACAAGUUUACUGUUGAUCUUCCCAAGAAGCAUGGAAGAGGAGGACAAUCUGCGCUUCGUUUUGCUCGGCUUAGGAUGGAGAAGCGACAUAACUAUGUUAGGAAAACAGCAGAGCUUGCUACGCAGUUUUAUAUUAACCCGGCUACGAGUCAGCCUAAUGUGGCUGGUCUGAUUCUUACUGGUUCAGCUGAUUUCAAGACUGAGCUUAGCCACUCUGAGUUGUUUGAUCCUCGUCUUCAAGCUAAGAUACUUAAUGUAGUUGAUGUGUCUUACGGGGGCGAGAACGGUUUCAACCAAGCGAUUGAGCUGUCUGCUGAGAUUCUAUCCAAUGUGAAGUUCAUACAAGAGAAGAAACUGAUUGGGAAGUACUUUGAGGAGAUUAGUCAGGACACUGAGUACGUUUUUGGUGUGGAGAAAGACCAAGAGUCUGAUUAGAGCAACUUCCAUGAUGCAGAGACUAACGCUGAGCUAGAAGUCCAGGACAAAAUGCCUCUUCUCGAAUGGUUUGCGAAUGAGUACGAACAUUUUGGUUGCACGCUUGAGUUUGUGACUAACAAGUCCCAAGAAGGGUCACAGUUUUGCAGAGGCUUUGGUGGGAUUGGUGGUAUGCUUCGUUACCAGCUUGACAUGAGGACGUUUGAUGAGUUAUGAGAUAGUGAACUUUAUGAGGAUUCUGAUUGAAGUGAUGGUGCUGGUUUUAGUUCAAUACAGUGAAGGGUUUGAGGUUUAAACCAUAGUAAAAGAGAAAUUUAAGUUUCUCGUUUCUUAUAGAUCAUUGAAAAGCUUGGUUUUUUCUUAUCUGUCAGACAAUUUGUGUUGUAAUUGAUCCUAAUUUUGAGGAUUCUUAACAUUUUAUGGUUUA